AUAGAGAACCCUUUGGAGUUUGCCAAGCCGCGUCUCAUUGCCUUUUUAUUCCCCUACUCCAAAGCCCAGUACAAACCCACCCCAUCAAGAACACAGAAAGGAGAAAAGCCAGGGGCCGACUUCCACUUCUGGGUGAUCUCUUCCCCACCCCUUUCUUGUGCUUCUUCUCAUUGGCUCCUCCCUCUCUCUCUCUCUCUAUAUAUAUCUCUACUUUAGGGUCCUUUUAUUUUUUAUUUUUUGAUGGGAAGAUGAUCAACAGAGCCAACUCCACUGAGGGCUAUGUCCCUUCUAUGGUGUCCUUUGUUGGGCUGGAAGGUAGCAACCAAAGGCAGCAACCUUGGGACUGGGACACCACCACCACCCUCCACCACCACCCCAUCGCCACCGCCAUUCCUGCCGCCGCCUCCAACGCCUCCCUCGCCCUCCAGAACCACCAUCCCUUCUUCCACACCUCCUCCCAGCUGGAUUGCCUGCCCUCCCUCUUCCCCGGCAACAGUCUCCCCUUCUACUCCCCGCCCGUCGUCGACUACCCUGCGGCGGCCGCGGAGGCCCUCGUCAAGCGGGAGGACUGCGGCGGCGCCACCGCGGCCGUCGCUGGUGCUGGUAGAAUUGGGCUGAAUUUGGGCCACCGGACCUACUUCUCGUCUGGAGAUGCGCUCGCCAUCGACCGGCUCUUCGCCCGGUCCCGGGGGUUGUACUCGCUGAGCCACCAGCCGCCGCGGUGCCAGGCCGAGGGCUGCAAGGCCGACCUUUCCGGCGCCAAGCACUACCACCGCCGCCACAAGGUCUGCGAAUUCCACGCCAAGGCCGCCGUCGUCAUCACUGGCGGCCUCCACCAGCGCUUCUGCCAGCAAUGCAGCAGGUUUCAUGUGCUGGCCGAGUUUGAUGCAACCAAGAGGAGCUGCAGGAAGCGCCUGGCUGACCACAACCGCAGGAGGAGGAAGCCUCAACUCCCUGCAGGAAACGCAGACUCUUCAGCCCCCAGGAAUCCAACCACCAAUUCCGGGGAGAAGAGCAAACAAAUAUCAAAGCCCCCCAGAGACGAUUCAACUGGGAAGUCCACAGCUGCCAUAUGUAAGACCAGUGCAAGCUUGGAGGGGCAGCUGGAGUAUUCAAACAAAGCAAACCCGUUGAGACAUGGGCCAGAUUUAUCUCUGGGAGGGGUUGGACCAGUGAAGAAAGGAGUUAUGGGGUCUUCUAAUGCUAUGCGCCAAAACCAAGGACAGUCCGUAGCCAUGGCAGAGGAGAUUAAGGUUCCACAGCAGCAGCAGCAGCUGCUCUCCUUCUCCUCCCCUUCAGCAUCCAGUGGGACCUUCUUCCACCACUAUAACCUCAUCUCCUCCACUUCUAAUGAGGCCUCCCCGUCACCAGGAGGGGAUUCAGACCACACCACCAGGCACCACCACCAGAACAACCUCCUCCACCUCGGGCAGGCCAUGUUUGAAGUGGACUUCAUGUGAGGAUGGAUCAGAUUCAUGGAAGGUCCUCAAGAGUGAUUGUAUCAGUCUUUCUUUUUCUGUUCUUCUUUCCAUCUUUACCCUUUCAGCGCGAAUAAUGUUUUUCUUUUCAGAACUAGCUGUGCUGCAGGAGGGUAUUCAAGAUUUUUUUUGUACCUUUCUAGGGCUUUUAAGUUGCCUUCCCUUCUUGGCUGCAUUCUUUUUUGAAUUCUUCUCAUCCAGCUUCAGGUUUCCUCC